UCAUCAACGGUGAUAGAUAAGGUGUUGAGGGAGUGAUGGCAUCAAGUUCCUACAUAAGCUUGAUGGACUUAGCAUCGGGGGACAUGUUUAAUUCCCCUCAAACUCCGGAGAGAAUUUCUCGGGUUAUGACUGUUCCUGUUGAUGGUGGCAUAACAGAUGAUGGAGAUUUUGAUUCUCUUUCUUCUGAAUGUUGUGAAAAGACAAUUAUUGUGGCAAAUUUUCUUCCUUUGCAAGCUCAAAAAGAUAUAAAAUCCGGGCAAUGGUUGUUCAGUUUUGACGAGGACUCUCUUCUAUUGCAAAUGAAGGAUGGAUUUUCAUCUGAUACUAUUGUUGUCUAUGUGGGGUCCUUGAAGGUUGAUGUGGAUCCAAAGGAACAAGAUGAAGUUUCUAAGACAUUGUUAGAGGAAUUUAAUUGCGUGCCCACAUUUCUUCCUCCCGACCUUCAGAAAAAGUUCUACCAUGGGUUUUGUAAACAAUAUUUAUGGCCCCUUUUCCAUUACAUGCUACCCAUGUGCGCAGACUAUGGUAAUCGUUUUGACAGGUUGCAUUGGCAAGCUUAUCUUUCUGCUAAUAAGAUAUUUGCAGAUAAGAUCAUAGAGGUAACAAAUCCAGAAAAGGAUUAUGUAUGGGUUCAUGAUUAUCACCUCAUGGCUCUCCCAACAUUUUUGAGGAAACAUUUCCAUCGAGUUAAGCUUGGAUUUUUCCUUCACAGUCCAUUUCCUUCCUCAGAAAUAUACCGGACAUUGCCAGUCAGGGAGGAAAUUUUAAAAGCACUACUUAAUGCAGACUUGAUUGGUUUCCAUACAUUUGAUUAUGCUCGCCACUUUCUUACAUGUUGCAGCAGAAUUCUUGGCCUUGACCAUGAAUCCAAGAGAGGACACAUUGGACUUGAUUAUUUUGGUCGCACAGUCUACAUGAAAAUUUUGCCUGUUGGGAUUCACAUGGGCCAACUCCAAUCUUCACUAAAUCACCCAUCUUCUUCUACUAAGGUCAAAGAAAUUGUUGCGAAGUUCAACGGAAAAAGGAUUAUCAUUGGUGUUGAUGACAUGGAUAUAUUUAAAGGCAUUAGUCUAAAAGUAUUAGCUAUGGAACAACUGUUACAACAACAUCCAGAGUUGCAAGGCAAAGUAGUCCUUAUUCAAAUUGUAAAUCCUGCAAGAAGCACCGGGAAAGAUGUUCAGGAAGCAAAAAGGGAAAUAUAUGAGAGUACUGAGCGGAUAAAUGAUGUUUUUGGUUUUCCAGGAUAUGAACCAGUUGUCCUGAUUGAUCGUUGUGUCCCUUUCUACGAGAAGGCUGCUUAUUAUGCUUGCGCAGAAUGUUGCAUUGUGAAUGCAGUGAGGGAUGGAAUGAACCUAGUUCCAUACAAGUACAUUGUCUGUAGACAAGGGACUUCCAGAAUGGAUGAAGCUUUACAAAUCGCCCCUAAAUCUCCUCGUACGAGCAUGCUUGUUGUCUCAGAGUUUAUAGGUUGCUCACCAUCCCUAAGUGGGGCAAUCAGGGUUAAUCCUUGGAGUAUUGAUGCUCUAGCUGAUGCAUUAAACAUGGCCAUCACUAUGCCUGGCGUUGAGAAACAAAUUCGACAUGAGAAGCACUAUCGCUAUGUUAGUUCUCAUGAUGUUGCUUAUUGGUCCCAGAGUUUUAUGCAAGAUUUGGAAAGGGCAUGCAAAGAGCAUUACAACAGACAUUGUUGGGGUUUUGGUUUUGGACUGAGUUUCAGGAUAUUGUCCAUUUCUCCAAGUUUUAGGAAGCUUUCCAUAGAUCAUAUCCUCUCUGUUCAUAGAAGGACUUGCAGAAGGGCCAUAUUUUUGGAUUAUGAUGGGACGGUGGUGCCCCAUUCUUCUAUUAUUAAAAGUCCCGGUCCUGAAGUUAUAUUGUUCAUGAACAGUAUAUGCAGUGACCCCAAGAAUACUGUCUUUAUAGUUAGUGGUAGGGGGAAAAACUCCUUGAGUGACUGGUUUGCUCAAUGUGAGAAUCUAGGUAUAGCAGCUGAACAUGGAUACUUCAUAAGGUGGAAUAGGAGGUCCGAGUGGGAGACUUUUCCAAUUGCUAUAGACUUUGGUUGGAAAAGAAUUGCUGAACCAGUGAUGCAGCUGUAUACAGAGGCAACUGAUGGCUCCUUUAUAGAGUCCAAGGAGAGUGCCUUGGUAUGGCACCACCAAGAUGCUGACCCCGACUUUGGAUCUAGUCAAGCGAAGGAACUACUGGAUCAUCUGGAAAAUGUCCUUGCCAAUGAGCCUGUUGUUGUUAAAAGGGGCCAUCAAAUAGUUGAAGUGAAGCCGCAGGGAGUUACUAAAGGCUUAGUUGCAAAGAAAGUUCUUUCCACCAUGAUAAGUAAUGGGGAACCGCCAGAUUUUGUCUUGUGUGUUGGUGAUGACAGAUCGGACGAAGACAUGUUUGAAAGCAUAUCAAAUACAGCUUAUAUAUCAUCUCUCCCCGUUUCUCCCGAAAUUUUUGCUUGCACUAUUGGUCAAAAACCAAGCAAAGCUAGGUAUUAUCUAGAUGAUACUGUUGAUGUACUGAAAUUACUUUCAGGCCUGACUGGUGCUUCAAGCUCAACAACUUCAACGAGCAACACAGAAACUGAGGUUUCUUUCGAAAGUUGUGCUUGAAACAUGAAGUAUUUUGUUAUGCAUUGAACCAGACUGGAAGGUGGAUUUGCAUGAACUGACUUGGUUUUGGUUUAAAGAAAUAAACUCAUGGUGGCUUACAGCCAAACACAGCUAUAAUACAGAAAUGGAAACACAGUGAACUUGUAGGUUGGUUUGAGGACAACAACCAGCAUAGUUUCUCUUUAGAUAGGUGGGUGUUGGUUGACGUAAGUAUUUUCAGAUGCCGGUUUGAUACUUCUCAGGUUAGAUUCAUUGUCAUAGUUAGUCUUACUGACAGAAGGCGUCGUUUACUUACUGUGAAGUGUGAACAAACAAAUACAGGUUUUAGUCAAUACAUGAAAUGCUAUCUGAAAAUGUUAUG